AUGGCGUCCACUGAGGACCCUGUACCUGUCUCCUCCGAUGUUGAUGUUGACAUCGAGGCUGAGAUCAAUGCCGAUGUCGAGGUUCCGCCUCCAGCUACCCCCGUAGACUCCGCCAUGCUCUCUGGAGGUGAAGAGGCUGCCAAGUCUAGCCCCGAGGCAUCCAAAGAAAAUAUCCCGAUGUCUCCUGCCAAGACUAGCGCUGGUACGCCAACAGCCAAACGUCCAAUUGCGGGCACUACAGCUACCAAGCGGCCAACCCCGACUUCGACCGCGUCGAAGACUGGAGCUACGCCAACUGCUCGCACCAGUACGAGUAGCACAUUGAACAAGCCUCCUACCCGGCCUACUACCACCACUACUGCCACUACUGCCACUCGAAAGCCUCUGAGUACUUCCACCACGUCGUCUCACCGGUCUCGUGCAUCGGUCAGUAGCUCUGCGGAUGAAAAGCCUCGGUCAAUCGCAAGCUCCGGGGAUGAGAGACGCAGCACCUUGGGGGCAGCCAAACGCACUUCUAUGGCUGCUACUCCGUCUACACGCGCUCCAUUGAAGUCAACCUCGACCCUUGACCGCAGAUCAAGUGUGGCCGGCUCAGCUUUGGAGAGAAAGACUGCGACACCUUCCACUGCUACUUCCCGUACGACUACCUCCACCAGCAGACCGGUCGGCAAACUGACAUCUUCGACCACUCCAAGUGCUCGACCAACAUCCUCCACCUCGGCUACCCGCACUACGACGACUCGCCCGACGACCGCCACUUCGACCACUUCACGUCCUGCGGCGCCUUCAACAAGGGACCCAACCAAGCGGUUGAGCACCAUCUCUAGCACAGCUUCCAGAACUGCUGGAGACUCGGAGAAGCUGCAGGCUCUGCAGGCAAAGCUCUCUGAGAGUGAGGAGACCGUCACCAACCUGAGGGCUGAGCUUGAAAUUGUUAAUGAGAAGCUGGGUCAACUCUCUAUCGCUGGGGAAGAGGCCACUAAGGGCAACACUGCCACGGAAUCCCUUCAAGCAGAGCAUGCUGCUGAAUUGGCGAAGCUGGCUUCCGCUCAUGCAGAAGAGCUUGAGUCUUUGCAGGUCCGGCUCCAGGAGGCGGAGACACAGCGUAAGGACCUGGAAAAGAGUUCUCAGAAAGAACUUGAGGCUGCUAAGCAGUUGGCUAUGGCUCAAGGUGAUGCUCAAUCCACCGCUGCUCUUGACGAACUCAAGGAAACACACCAGGCUCAGUUAGAGGUUCUUAAGAAAGAGCUUGCGGAAUACAGGGACUCUGCUGCAGCAUUUGAAAAGGAACUCGAAGCCCUGAAGAAGGACCUCGAGGCGCAGAAGACUCAGUUAACUGAAGAAAAUGCUCUGGCCCUCAACAAUCUCGAACGUGAAUUGGAGGGUCGUGACCAGGUUCUCGACAACUUGAAGGCUGAACUCAACAAGUUGGGCGCUGCGAAGGACGAAGAAAUCCAGGCCGAGAAGGAUGCUGCAGAGAAGUCUACUUCAGCUCUUCGCGAGCAAAUUGCUUCAUUGGAAGCCAAGAUCGCUGAGUCCGAGUCCAACACUCAGCACAAUUCAGAGGAAACAACAAACUCCCUAGCCAAGAAGGAUCAGGAGAUCGCCGAUCUCAAGCAGAGCCUCGCCCAAAUUCAAGCAGACCUUGAAGAGGCACAGGCUGCGUCCGCUAAUGCCCUCAGCGCCAAGGUCAAGGAAUUGGAGGCCGCUCACGAGGCCGCCAUUGCUAACGUGAAAGCCGAGCAUGAUCAGGCUUUGAGCUCCCUUUCCGCCUCGCAUGCGAAAGAACUUACUGUUGCCAAGGCUGCUGCGGAAUCUACCGGUUCCGAGCACUCUCAGCAACUGCAAGAGCUGCGUGAUGCAUUGGAAGCCGCCAGGACUGCUGCCCAAGGGGAGAUCGAGAAUGCUAUUUCAGAGCUCAAGGCUGCCCAUGAGCUUGAGCUCAAGUCUCUUAUGCCGAGACUGGAGGAGUCUGAGAAAGCGCUGAAUGAGUCUCGUCAUGCUUUGGAAGGUCAUGCCGCUGCGCGGGAGUCUGCCAUUCAAGAAGUUGAGGCUCUUCGUCAGAAAGUUGGAGCCCUGGAGCCACAGGUCUCCAGCGGCGCCGGUAAGAUCAACGCUCUUCAGCAAGAGGUUCAAAGCAAGCAGACCGAAGCUGAGGAGCUGUACCGCAGCUUGAAGAACCUCGAGGGAGAGUCCAAGUCGAGGGAUGUCGAGAAGGAGAACAAACUAAAGAGUCUGCAAGACAAGGCCGCUGAGGCUACUCGGCUUCUUGAAGAGCACACCGCAAAGGCAGCUUCGGCGUCUGAGCAGCACGCUCGGGACAUCGCGGCUCUUAAGGCCCAACACGCCGCCGAGUUGGCACAGGUUACAAAUGAAACUUCCGGUUCUCACGCAGAUGCCCUCCGUGAGCUCCAGCAGCAGCAUGACGAGCUUUUGACAAAGAACCGCGAAUUGGAGUCAAACCAUGCGAACCACGCUUCUCGGGUCGAAUCGCUCGAGGCUGAGUUGAAGUUGGUUCAAGAACGCCACGCUGGAGACAUUGCGACUCACACCCAGUCUCGCGAGAUCGAGGCUGCCGAGCUUCAGAAACAACUUCAGGAAUCCCAAGCCAAGGCUCAGGCCGAGGUUGAAGCAUUGCAAGCCUCCGCCGCUGCCAACAGUGAUGCUCAUUUAAAGGAGAUUUCUGAGCUGCAGAAAAGCUUUGAGGAGACCAAGGCUCAGUUGCAGGCUGAGAUUGAAGCUGUCAAGAACUCAAAGGCUGCUGAUGCUGAUGCCGAGCACGGAAAGGCCAUUGAAGAGCUUCUCACUGUCCAGGAAGCUAAAUUGGCUAACUUGAGAGAGGAGCUUGAUGCAUCUCACGAGGCUAGACUUGGUGAUUUGCAGAAGAUCCACGAGGUUGCCUUGGGUAAGGUCAAUGAGCAACUCUCCCAGGCCAGGGCAGCUGCACAGGAUACAUCUGUCAUCGAUAGCCUGACAGCCACUGUGAGCGAGCUUGAACAGAAACUGGCUGCUUCGGAGAAGACCCAUGUCACAUUCCAAGAAUCCGCGGCCACCACUUCGCGUGAGAUUCAGGAUAAGCAUGCCGCCGAGGUUGCCAAACUCCAGGCUCAGCACUCGGAGCUUGCGGCCAAGCAUGAUGCCGCUCUUUCCCAAGUGGGAGAGCUUCAAAAAUCUCUCGCCGCCUCCGGCGGCAAGACCUCGGAGCUGGAAUCCAUCAUGAAACAGCUUUCUCAGUCUCAAGAAGAGAUUACUUCUUUGAAGGCAAAGCACACCGCUACCAGCCAAGAGCUUGAGGAAACUCGAGCUGUGAACAAGACCAUCGAAGAAAGACUUGCCGCCGGUGAGCAGAACUUGAACGACCAAAUCGAUAAGAACAUGGCUCUUCUCAAUCAGCUGGGUGAUCUCGACUCAAAGAUUUCCGCUGGCCGGCGACGAGUCCGCGAGCUUGAGGCGGACGUGGCUACCCUGAGAGCAGGAGGCAAUUUGGGCGCAGAAAAAGACAAGAGCUCCUCAUCGGGCUUGGAGUCAAGCCGAUGGGCAUCAGCGGAUGAUGGUAGUGAGCAAGCUGAAGAUGGAGGUCCAGCCACAACAGAAGGUGAGCUUGGUUCAUCCAUCGAGGGAACGAUGGCAAGCAUUCAGGAACAGCUUAAGCACAUUCGAUCGGCAAACGAUGAGUGGUAUGAUGAGCAUCGCAGACUCAUCGGAGAAUUGUCUCAGCUCUCCCGACGAGCCACUCCCAAUCCUCCCAGCCAGACGUCAACACCCGGUCCUGAAAUCGCAGUAACCGCUCCUGAGUCUGUGAGCAGUCGUGUUUCCGCCGCCAGGUAA